GCGGCGGGGCGCGGCAUGGCGGGCGAGGACGCGGCCGGGCCCGAGCCGGGUCCCGCGGGGGGCGCGGCCCCCGCCCCGUCCCCGCCGGGCGAGGACGGCGACACCCGACAGCGCUACGAGGAGCUCUGCAGGAGCCUCAACAUGGACGAGCGCGCCCGCGCAGAGGCCUGGCUCAGCUACCAGAGCAUGAGGCGCAACUACACCCUGGAGGGAAACGACAUGCAUUGGCUGGCCUGUGCCUUGUAUGUGGCUUGCAGGAAAGCAAUUCCAACUGUGAGCAGAGGGACAGCUGAGGGAAAUUAUGUGUCUUUAACCAGAAUCUUGCGCUGUUCAGAGCAAAGCUUGAUCGAGUUUUUUAACAAGAUGAAGAAGUGGGAAGACAUGGCAAAUCUACCGUCCCAGUUCAGAGAACGAACUGAGAGAUUAGAGAGAAACUUUACAGUUUCUGCAGUCAUUUUUAAGAAGUAUGAGCCCAUUUUUCAGGAUAUUUUCAGGUAUCCUCAAGAAGAUCAACCUCGCCAACAGAGAGGAAGAAAACAGAGACGCCAGCCGUGUACUGUGACUGAAGUUUUCCAGUUUUGUUGGGUGCUGUUUGUUCAUGCAAAAGGAAAUUUUCCUAUGAUCAGUGAUGACUUGGUGAAUUCCUACCAUCUCCUGUUAUGUGCUUUGGAUCUUGUGUAUGGAAAUGCUCUCCAGUGUCCUAACCGUAAAGAACUUCUGAAUCCUAAUUUUAAGGGCCUACCUGAAGACUUUCAUAGUAAGGAUUAUAAAGUAUCAUCUGACCCUCCCUGCAUCAUUGAAAAACUGUGUUCAUUACAUUAUGGAUUAGUUUUAGAAGCAAAAGGUAUCAAGGAACAUUUUUGGAAGCCAUAUAUUCGGAAACUUUUUGACAAAAAGCUUUUAAAAGGAAAAGAUGAAAAUCUGACUGGAUUUCUAGAUCCUGGAAACUUUGGAGAUAGUGUCAAAGCCAUCAACAAGGCCUAUGAGGAGUAUGUGUUGUCAGUGGGAAACCUUGACGAGCGAAUAUUUCUUGGUGAGGAUGCAGAUGAAGAAAUUGGAACCCUCACAAGGUGCUUAAACACAACUUCAGGAAUGGAAACAGCUGAAAGAGUACAAGUGAAGCAUAAUUUGCAGCAGCAUUUUGACAGGUCCAAAUCACUCAGGAUUACAACCCCACUCACUGGCCGCAAGUAUGUUAAAGAGAGCAACCCAUAUGUGACACCUGUUUCCAUGGCAACAUACAGUUUGAGCCGCCUUCACACCAUGCUGGCAGGACUGAAAAAUGCCCCCAGUGAAAAUCUGGAGCAAAUACUCAAGUCAUGUUCCAGAGAUCCUUCUCAAUCUAUUGCAAACAGAAUAAAAGAAAUGCAUGAAGUGUACUGUCAGAGCACACAGUCUGAAGGAGAAUUCAGUAAUUUUUCCAAAGAUGUUGCCAGUAAACAUUUCCGUCGUGCUGAGAUGCUCUACUACAAGGUCUUGGAGUCGGUCAUUGAGGAGGAGAGGAGGACUCGACUGGGGGACACUGACUUAUCUGCAAUACUGGAGCAAGACGUGUUUCACAGGUCUCUGCUGGCCUGUUGCCUUGAGAUCAUCACCUUUACAUAUAACCCACCUGGAAACUUCCCGUUCAUCACCGAAAUAUUUGACAUUCCAGUUUAUCAUUUUUAUAAGGUAAUAGAGGUUUUCAUUAGAGCAGAGGAUGGCCUUUGUCGGGAAGUAGUAAAACACCUGAAUCAUAUUGAAGAACAGAUCCUUGAAAGUAUGGCAUGGAAACGGGAAUCCAUAUUGUGGGACAGAAUCAGAGACAAUGAAAACAAAGUUCCUAGUUGUGAAGAGGUAAUGCCACCUCAGUACUUUGAGAAAUCUGCUGGGAACAGUGUUGUGGGUUCCCCGUUGACACCAAGACGAAUAAAUGAGGUUCGUGCUGAAAGUGGAGGACUAGGAAGAGGCCUUUCCUCACCUCCAGCCACCCUGUAUGACAGAUACAGUUCUCCCACAGCCAAUCCUACGAGGCGACGCCUGUUUGCUGAUAACGAGACCCCCUCUGACAGUGGGACCCCAGUGAGAGUUUCCCAGCAGCCCGUGGUGAACACGGUGCCCGUGCAGAACAUGAAUCCCGAAGCCAUGUCGGUGACUCCGGUGCCUGGCCAGACCCUGGUCACCGUGGCAACUGCCACCGUGACAGCCAACAACGGGCAGACCGUCACCAUCCCAGUACAAGGUAUUGCCAAUGAAAAUGGAGGAAUAACUUUCUUCCCAGUCCAAGUAAAUGUAGGUGCCCAGCCCCAAGCUGUCUCUGGCCCCAUUCAGCCUCUGAGUGCCCAGGCUCUCGCUGGUACCCUGAACACCCAGAUGACUGGGGCAGCACUGCAGUUGCCAGGCCAGUUGACUGUUCAGCAGAUCUCCCCUGGAGAGCAGAGACAGACCCAGCAGUUCACUGCCACGUCCAUCAAGCCUCGGAAGACGGGCUCACUGUCACUCUUCUUCAGAAAGGUGUAUCAUUUAGCCAGCGUUCGUCUGAGGGAUCUCUGCGUCAAACUCGAUGUGUCUGAUGAGCUGCGGCAAAAGAUCUGGACAUGCUUUGAGUAUUCCUUGGUGCACUGCCCAGAAAUCAUGAUGGACAGACACUUGGAUCAGCUGCUGAUGUGUGCCAUCUAUGUCAUGACUAAGGUCACUAAUGAAGACAGAUCAUUUCAGAACAUCAUGCGCUGCUAUCGGACACAACCUCAAGCCAAGAGCCACGUCUAUCGGAGCGUCCUGAUCAAAGGCAGGCGCCGCCGCCGCUCCGGCAGCAGCGACAGCAGCAGCCAGCAGAACUCACCCACAGACAGGAGCAAGGAGAGGAACAAGGAAAGAAGCAGCCGGGACUCCAGCCCGGUGAUGCGCUCCAGCAGCACCCUGCCCGUGCCGCACCCCGGCAGCGCCCCCCCCACGCCCACCCGCCUCACCGGUGCCAACAGCGACACCGAGGAGGAGGAGCGGGGGGACCUCAUCCAGUUCUACAACAACGUCUACAUCGAGCAGAUCAAAGACUUUGCCUUGAAGUACACUUCAAAUGCAACGGACUCUCCUCCGCUCUCGCCGUACCCGUUCGUGCGGCUCAGCUCCCCUCGCCGGGUGCAGCUGUCCCAGAACCACCCCGUGUACAUCUCACCACACAGAAACGAGGCUGCUCUUUCUUCCCAAGAGAGGAUAUUCUACUACUUCAGCAGCAGCCCCUCGAAGAGACUAAAGGAGAUUAACAGCAUGGUUCGAACUGGAGAAACACCCACCAAGAAGAGAGGCAUUCUCUUAGAGGAUGGCACUGAAGCCCCAGCCAAGCGCAUCUGUCAGGAGAAUCACACGGCCCUGCUGAGGCGGCUCCAAGAUGUAGCCAACGACAGAGGGUCUCACUGAGCCCACACAGGUUUUCCCUUCCUGCUGCUCCCAGAGCUGGGCUGCUCAGCCCACACAUGGACCCACUGAGCCCUUGCAAGUGUCUUCAGCCAGACUGUGCUCAGCCCCCUCCCUGCCCCGGCCACCGCCCACUGCUGCCUGACUGCACUGGGUCCUCAGACCCUGACCCCACCCCCAGUCAAGCUCCUCACAAGGCAAGUGACCCAUCUCCAGCCUCCCAAAAGCAGCUGAAGAGCUUUUUCUUGCUUGGAGAACACACCCCUAACACAGCUGUGUACCUUGCACCAGGUCUUUCCUUCCCUUUGCGCUAACCAGUCCCCUCACACUGUGUUCAUCACCACUGUCAGCCAUGGACAGGCACCUGGAGGUGCAGACACAGGAGCCACCACACCAAGAUACCCAGAGCAGUGUCUUGGUUCCUGCAAGAACUACCGACAACCUCCUAGCAAAAUCCAGUUCUGCUGGGAAAGGGAUGAUGGGAAUAAUUGUUUUGAGGCCUAAAGGAAGUUGUCUGAAUGGAUCCUGUCCAUAUUCUGGACGUUCAUGUGCCCCUGAAAACUACCAUGUCUGUGGCCCCUUGCUGUACAAAGGAGGGGAUUGUGUGGGUGCAUUGGUUUGAGCUGUGCAAUGUUGGAGAGUGAACUGAUGUUCCCAAGGUGGCACUUUUGAUGGGGCUGUGAAGCAUGAUUUUUAAGGCAGGUGAGUUUUGCUGUAUAUUUGCAAUGGCACUUUCUAAAUGUGAAUAUUUUUUGCAAAGGCUGACUUCAGCUGUCUUUCUGUAUUGAACCAAGUUGACUUUUGUAUUUAUUUCAAUCUGACAUGCCAUUGCUCCUCUUGUCAGCAAAUGGCAUGAAGAAUUCAUUGUAACUCAAUGUAUGUGCAGCAGUGAAUGCAGGAAGCCAAGGAUGUGUGCUUUUUUUGAGGAAUUUUAUAUGCUCAUUGCUUUUCAUGAGUCAGGCACUGCCCCCCCCUCUCUUACUCAACAGCAGGAUCAUGCUGUCCAUCUCUUAAAAUGUAUACUUACUUUGUUUUUAAAGGACAGGGUUGGGGGUUUGGUUUUGUGUUGUUUUUUUUUAAAUGGACUAAACCAGGCUGCCUAGGAGAAUCUCUCCCCCCCUGAGGAUGAGCAAGGGGUGCACAUAUUAGACUUACUACUUGUUUUCAUGUAAAAUAGUUCCCAAAUACCAGGCUGCUUAGGAGAGCAUCAAAUGACUCUCACUGUACAAUGUGCCAGGCCACUGCUGGGGAGGGGGUGUUCUCCAUGUAAAACGUGGCACAGGCAUGUUCCAGAAGGUUUUCUAAGGAAGCAAAAACUAAACCCUCCAUUUUCAGUCAUUCCUGCCCUUCUGAGUAAUAGGAAAAUUUGAGACUUAAUUCCACUGUAAAUUCAAUUAAAGUAAAAUAAAAGGAUCUUUUGUUCUUACCUGCGUAAUAAAAGGUUGAAGUCCAGAAGUCAUGUAGAUGUUUCUGUAAAAAUAUUUAUGGAAGUGUCAGACAGUUCUUGUUAUUCUGUACCAUUUACUUCACUUUGUAUGAAAAUAUUGCAAUUGUAUUUUUCAAUAAAGAAUUUAUAAACUCA